CGGCGACCUACUUACCACUGGCUAUCGUGCAGGUCACGGGUUCAACUCCAGGGAAUUGUGCAGGUACUGUACACAGGUGAAAACUGUUUCAUUUGGCUCUCCAACGAGAGCAAAUGACUUCUCAGGUAAAGAAUUCGUAUGCAUCUGUGGUUAAGUUUGGUGGUGGUGCAGGUGCAGGCAAGCGGGUACUUUGGCGCCAAAAGCGCCAGGACCACACCCUCGUCGUCUUUGAUACUGUGGAGAAGUGGCCAUUGGAGGCCGCGGGUGUGGCGAGCAGCAGUGAGUCUGGGAAGGGGGAAGUCAUUGCUGCCGUGGUCAGGAAGGGAGGACCACGACCACCUGUGAAGAAGAGAAGACCAUUCUCGUUUCCUGAACAUCUCGGAAUUGUGGACGGGAAGCCAUGGGAAAAGAUGGGAUUGUCACAAGGAACCUGGCAGGAACGGAUGGAUAACGCGCAGUGCCUGAAGUGUGGUACUGCAGGGCAUGGGAUUGCAUGGUGCCUGUUAAUCCAAGGAAAUGAGUUCCCACACAGACCGUUUAUGAUUCCGCCAGACAUGGAUGGCGUAUAUGAAGUAGAUAGAAUCAUAGAGCAUGGGUACUUUUCUACGGGUGGACGUGGACGACCCCAGAAGCAGUUCAAGAUUGUAGAGAACUGCGAGGAAAAGCUGACAGAAGAUAUGGUCGAGAAGCUCAUAAAUACAAUUGACGAGACACUCCCGCCGCCACCCAUGAAGGAGGGUGCUGAAGAUGAUGAGGAGGAGGAGGACGGGGGGGGAGAGGAAGCCGAGGGUGCAGGCAAAACCUAAAGGGAAUAUAAGAAGCACGGUGAGGAUAAGGCCGACCUACUGAGGAGGGACGGGCUUUGUUCGCCAUUGGCAUCCAUAGGUAGAUAGACAUAGAUAGUCAGUCACACAAUACACACCAUCAGAUGGCUGCAACUACUUUCUUGGCCACGAAACCAUUUACAGGGAGGAUAGCCAGGAGCAAUGUUUUGGCGUCCAUGCCACAGCCAGAUAGGCCAUCAUCUCCUGUGAGUUUGAGCCCUAAUGGACACAGAACCGGGACCUUUUAAAAUAGUUGAGAACAUUUUUGCACACACACACACACACCGACACGCACACACCGACACACACACACACACACACACACACACACACACACACACACACACACACACAGAGAGAGAGAGAGAGAGAGAGAGAGAGAGAGAGAGAGAGAGAGAGAGAGAGAGAGAGGUUGCACAUAAAAGUUUUGCAGAGAGAGAGAGAGAGAGAGAGAGGUUGCAGAUAAAAGUUUUGCAACGUU